ACUGCGCAUUGGAAAUAAUUUCUUGACAGUUGGAUGACAGAUUAACAGCAUACCAACUGGGAACCAACACAAAGAUUUUUUAAAAAUAACAUUAACAAAUUAUGACAAUUUAUAUAUGUAAAUUCUGGUAAUAAAAAUUAGUUACGUGGUAUUGGUAUAAAAUUUUUUGUAUUUUCCGUAGCCAUCAUACGAGACUUUUUACAACUUUUGGUGUUUCAAUAACACGUCUAGUAUAACUACCCUUUAUAUGGAAUGUUUUGAACAAGGAUGGAUACUUUACGAAGAUCAUGGAAACUUCAAGAGUUCGUCGCUCACAAGGCAAAUGUCAACUGUUUGGCAAUGGGACACAAAUCAAAUCAAGUAUUAGCAACUGGUGGAGAUGACAAAAAAGUUAAUCUUUGGGCUAUUGGAAGACAAAGCUGUUUGAUGAGUUUAAGUGGUCACACAACACCAGUGGAAUGUGUUUGCUUUGGCCAUUCAGAAGAUUUAGUCUGUGCUGGGUCACAAACGGGUGCCUUGAAAAUAUGGGAUCUUGAAGCAGCAAAACUUAUAAGAACUUUCACAGGUCAUAAGGGAGCUAUUAAAUGUAUGGACUUUCAUCCAUAUGGAGAUUAUUUGACUACAGGCUCCUGUGACAGUAAUAUCAAAUUGUGGGAUACAAGGAAGAGAGGAUGUAUUGUAACAUAUUCGAGCCAUCGCCUUGCAGUGAAUAGUCUUCAAUUCAGCCCUGAUGGUCAAUGGAUUGCAUCUGCUUGUGAAGAUGGUCUUGUGAAAGUAUGGGAUGUGCGUGUGGGUAAAGUUCUACAAGAGUUUGUUGAACACACCUCCCCUGUAACAUGUGUCAAGUUCCAUCCACAUGAGUUUCUAUUGGCCAGUUGUGGUAGUGAUAAGACUGUUAAUUUUUGGGACAUGGAAAAAUUUCAAUUGGUAUCAAAAUUUGAAAAAGACAAUACUUCAAUUAGACAUAUGACAUUUAGUGAUGACGGCACAACUUUAUUAGGUUGUGGCAAUGAUGGCUUGCAUGUCAUAGGCUGGGAGCCUGCUCGAGUGCUGGAUACAGUGUCUGGUCACUGGGGACAAAUACAUGACAUGACAGUUGCUCAAACACAACUUAUAGCAGGAUCAUUCCAUGCAACAUAUGUCGUUCUGUCAGUGGUUGAUCUGAACAAAGUGCAUCCAUUUGGUGGACCCCCUCCGAGUGUUCCAACUGUGGUUAGAGAUUUAUCACCGUUUCAAAAGGGGCAUUCUGUUCGUAAAAGUUUUUCUAAGGAAAAACCACCUAAAGAAGUUAUGCACAGACCAUCACUUCUCGAUGAGAAAACUGCUGAGGAAUCAGCAUCAGGCACGGAAGCAGAUGAGGACUCAGGUGCUGUUAUAUCAAAUAUUAAUGAUUACACUGAAAUAUUCCGACCCUCCAGGGCAUUGACACGAACACCACCUCCUGCGACCAGCUUAUCAUCUGAUGAUUAUCCAGAACCAAUACCGGACACAUCUCGGAAACUUGAGUCUUCAAUGAGCACAUCAUUACGUGACCUGAUGCUGGACGAGCCGGCGCCGGCGCACCCCCCGCACCCCCCGCACCCCGCGCCCGCGCGACCUCCCCCCCAGCCCUCGCCCCCGCAGCGCCAGCGCGCAGAGUACUCCCGCAUACCAACACCCAAGGAACAUUACGCAGCACUGGAAAAGAAAUCUGAAGUAUUUAACACAGGGGCAAUGGAUAACAGUAAAGAUGACAACUUUUGUAUGAGUAGGAAAACUUCCACGGCCAAUGAAUUUGUUGCCCAUUCCCUAACAGCGUGCUCACUAAACCGACAUAACUCAUACAAAGAAACAAAAACAACUACUGAGAUGUGUGGGAACACACUCCGGCAGAGUACUAGUGAGGUGUCACUGGGCCCUCCGUCCCUAGGACCCAGAUCCUUAUCCUUCAGCAGAUCUUCGAAUCCAAAUACACGACGUAGAGUCGAUAGUGUAAGUCGCGAGCCCGCGCCUCCGCCGCCGCGCAACGAAGACCCCGAGCGGGAGCCGGAGCCCGAGUUCAUCCCCUACGCUACUGACAGACCCGUUGGCCUCGAUCUCGAUGAAUUUCUACCACGGGGGCUGGCGGCGUGCCUGGGGCGGGGCGGGGCGCGGGGCGGCGGCGCACAGCCCAGCGAGCAGGAGGUGCUCGGCGUCAUGAUGCGAGGACACGACUCCAUGAUGGCCGUGCUCGUCGCUCGACAGAGAGCUUUGCAGAUAUUCCACUCUGUUAGAGUAAAUAAAAGUCUAAAAUCGGCUCUAGAAUCAGUGAUUGCGUUAGAAGAUACAUCGGUCAUUCUGGAUAUACUCAAUGUGAUGGCACAUAAACCAUCCCUGUGGAAUUUGGACAUAUGUUUGCUGAUGUUGCCUAAAAUUUAUGACUUGCUGCAAAGCAAAUAUGAAUCAUAUAUGCAAUGCGGUUGCAACGCGUUACGUCUAAUAGUGCGCAACUUUUCGUCUGUGGUGCGCGCGAAUGUGAGCGCGCCGGUGCGCACGCUGGGCGUCGACAUCCCGCGCGAGGAGCGCUACGCCAAGUGCGCGCAGAUACACCGGCUGCUGCUCGACGUGCGCGCAUUCCUGCUCAAGCGGCAGACGUUGCAGGGUCGUUUAGGUGCAGCCUUCAGGGAUCUCCACACACUCAUGCAGCAAGGACUCGACUGAUUCCGAGUGAAAACACUACUGGCAGUAUUUUAAUAUCCCAUCAAAGUUACAAAUGAAAGUCUUAUGUUUGGAAAUGGCACACAUUUUACACUACAACAAGUAAAAAUGUUUAAGAAAAAACACUUUUUUUUCACGUAACAUUAACUAUUUAAAAAC